GGGUUGGAUAGUGAGAAACCCAUGCCCACCCAUUACUCGCAAUAUUCGAGUUCGGGUUUUACCCGUACCCACUAAAAGUUCUUCGAGUUUGGGUUUUACCCUACCCGAUUAGGUCGGAUUCGGGCGGAUAUCGACGGUUACGGAUAUUUUUGCCAUCCCUAACAAUGGAUCUAAUUUCAGGUGGAUUUUCCUGAAUUAUUAUCAUUCCUACUUUUAAAUAUUAAAAUUAAUACCCAUCCUAUAUUCAUAUGGACCAUAUGAAUAGUUUUUGGGUAUUCGUGGAUAAUAUUUGUUCCUUACAUCCUUGUUUGAAAGAAAAAAAACCUUCCUUUUUUCACAUUUCAUGUGUUUGGGUUUGAUUGGAAACCUGGUUAAAGUUGAAGCCAUGCACAAUAUAAUCCAUAUAUGAUUUGCUUCUUUGUCGUGUGUUUGUUAGGACCGACCAAGUCAACAAACAACAAAGCAACGUGCGAGCCUUGCAAUUACACGUAGGGUAUCGAUCGACAUAUCAUGCACACGGUUUGCGCACCGCGCCGGCGACAGUCGACAGUCAACCGGCCGCCGCACACAAUCAGUUUCGUAGGGCCAAACCGCUGAGAUUGUUUAUGCGGCCGUUUGCCCUAAUUAUUAGCUACUGAUGACAACAACAAUGUCGCAUAACGAUUUUGGUGUAAACUAGCUAUAUAUAUACGUACGAUAUGAUGAGGAUAUGUAGGACUAUCUCGGUGGAGGGAGUAUCGAGACGAAUUGACAUUGUCAAACCGUAUUACUUCGUAAUUUCAUAAGUCAGUUGAAUUCUUAUAUUAUUAAUAUUUUACAAACAAUGUUCGAUAUAUAUGUAUCUAAUGGUUCAAAAUUUUAUAAACAAUGGUUCAAAAUCUUCAAAAAAAAAAAUUUAAUUCUUUGUUCAGAUUUAUAACUCCACCAAUAAUAAAGCGGAAGAAUUAAACACUUGAACAUAUUCGAACCACUUGAGUCACUCCUCAGAUAGUCAGAUUACAUCACUUCUAUAUAUUUUAUAAAGAUUUUUUUGUUGUUUUUUCUUGAAAAAAAAUCUUCAAACUAGGACAAAAUGCAAUUGAUUGUUCUCACCAAACUGUAAUCGAUUGUAUAAAUGUGGAUGUCAAUAAUUUAAUCAUUUGGUCAAAAAGAAAAAUAGUAAUUUAUGUACUCCAUCUCCCCCAAGCUACAGUAGUUGUCUUCUGAUCUGCCGCCUAAUAGUUGUAGUUAUAAUUAUAUAGAUGUCACAAUUCCUCAAUUAUAAAUACAGUCAUUGAUCCCUUAAAACCUUUUGUGGCCACUAAUAGAUCUCUCUCCUAAUUCACUCAACCUUCCCACCACCAUCUCGAUCUCUUCCCUCUCCAGUCUUCAAACCAUGGUGGGAACUAGCACUUCACCUUGCGCUUCUUGCAAGCUGCUCCGGCGGCGGUGCGCCAAGGACUGCAUCUUCGCGCCUUACUUCCCUCCCGCCGACCCCCAAAAGUUCGCCAUCGUCCACAAGGUCUUCGGCGCCAGCAACGUCGCCAAAAUGCUCCUCGACCUGCCGGCGGAGAGAAGAGCCGACGCGGUGAACAGCCUGGUGUACGAGGCGAACGCGCGGCUGCGGGACCCGGUGUACGGCUGCGUGGGGGCCAUCUCUUACCUUCAGAACCAGGUUUCGCAACUCCAAAUGCAGCUCGCUCUGGCUCAGGCUGAGAUCGUGUGCAUCGGCCAGUUGGUGGGGCAGCAAUCCCCGCCGUUCGAUUCCCAGCCGCUCGAUCAUCUCAACGGUCCGACGACGACUCACAUGGACUGCCUGGACGACGUCGUGUCGGCGGUGGAUAGCAAGCCGCUGUUUCUGUUGCAGAAUGGACUGCUGGCCCUCGAUCAUCAUCAUCAUCAUAAUCACCAUGAUCAUCACAUGUCGAUGAAGACAAAUAGCUUUUUCGGGGACAUAAUUUCUUGAUCAUUUGAUCGUUACGUUGUACGAUGAGGUUUUUUUAGUUUAUAGUAAUUAAUCAGAAAUAAAAUUAAGGAAUUGAUUGGUUUCUACUUAAGGGUUUUAUUAGUUUUUUGUUUUUGUUUGUGUGGGAGGUCAACUGUAGCAUGUGUUGGGAAUGCGUGUUAAAUUGUUAAUCACUUGAGAGAUGAGGUUUUGGCUAUAAUUAAUUAACUCCUUCGUGUGAUCGGUUGAUAAAAGAAUUGGGAGGUCGGUGGCCUCUAAAUCGCAGGGCAUUAUGUUCCAGCUAUGUACGUACAUUUUGCUUAUAUUGAUGUUCUGUUUUUUCUGACAAAUGAUUGAACAUUAUAUUAAUCGUUCACAUAAUUGGUGAUAACUAGAGCGAAGUUGUGAACCAGUUGUUAAGAACAUUAAUAAUCACACAAAACAAAUAUGAUUCGACUCUUUAGAUAAAUAAGUUAAACUAAUUUCAUUUAUUUCGUUUCAGUUUUAAAAGCGAAGAGUUUUCAUUACUACUAGUUAUAUGGUGAUUGAAUGAUUGACAUUCUAGAAAUAAAUUAUGAGCAACUCUAACAAAUAAUGAAUAAUAAUAUGUGGA